AUGGGCCGGAUCACAGAAGAUCUUAUUAGACGGAACUCCGAGCACAAUGACUGUGUCAUUUUUUCCCUGGAGGAGCUCUCCUUGCAUCAGCAAGAAAUAGAAAGACUAGAGCAUAUUGACAAAUGGUGCCGGGACUUAAAAAUCCUCUAUCUUCAAAAUAAUCUCAUUGGAAAAAUUGAAAAUGUUAGCAAACUCAAGAAACUUGAAUAUUUGAACUUAGCUUUAAACAACAUUGAAAAAAUUGAAAAUUUGGAAGGAUGUGAAGGGCUGACAAAACUCGACCUGACCGUAAACUUCAUUGGAGAGCUGAGCAGCGUUAAAACGCUUGGGCACAAUAUCCACCUGAAGGAGCUCUUUCUCAUGGGUAACCCGUGUGCUGACUUUGACGGCUACAGGCAGUUCGUGGUGGCCACGCUACAGCAGUUAAAGUGGUUGGACGGUAAAGAAAUCGAGCGUUCAGAAAGGAUUCAGGCCUUGCAGAACUUUCCAGUAAUUGAACAACAAAUCAGAGAGCAAGAGGAAGCUUACCGCCUCAAACGGGCCAAAGACAAGGAAGAGGCUCAGAGGAAACUUCGAGAAGAGGAUGAAAAUGAGGCCAAGGAGAGAAGGCACUCAGUCUUCGAGGGACAGAGGUACGCAGACAUCAGUGCCACUCUCCCGUUUUCAGUAGAGCACAAAGACCAUGUCCAGGAAGGACAAGAAGGGGAAUGCAACCAAAAGAGAUUCAAGGACAAUGAAGAUGACCUGGAAUUCUGGAACAAGCCCUCUUUGUUUACUCCUGAAUCUAGAUUGGAAACACUUAGGCAUAUGGAAAAACAACGGAAAGACCAAGAAAAAUUAAGUGGAAAGAAGAAGAAAGUGAAACCACCCAGGAUUUUGAUCACUGAAGAUGGAAAAGUGUUGAAUGUGAAUGACCCCAAACUUGACUUCUCCUUGAAAGAUGAUGAAAAACGUAACCAGAUCAUCCUGGACCUUGCUGUCUAUAGGUAUAUGGACACCUCUUUAAUCGAUGUAGAUGUGCAACCAACUUACGUACGGGUCAUGGUCAAAGGGAAGCCAUUUCAGCUUGUUCUUCCUGCCGAAGUGAAGCCGGACAGCAGCUCCGCUAAGCGAUCUCAGACGACAGGGCAUCUGGUGAUCUGCAUGCCCAAGGUAGACGAAGUCAUCACAGGUUGGCGACAAACGUCAGAGUCUGGGACGAGUCCCUCGGACAGCAGCAGAGAGCACACAAACCAAAGAAGCAAGCGAAUUGAGAAAUUAGAAGUAGAUCCUAGCAAGCGUUCCUUCCCUGAUGUGGCUAACAUAGUUCGAGAGAAAAACCCCACGCCCCGAAGAGUUCGAUCUGAACCCAAAAUUAUACCAAGUGAGGAAGAUCCAGACUUUGAAGAUAACCCUGAAGUGCCCCCGUUGAUCUGA